AGCAUCCCCCCUCCACUGUUUGGCCCCGCCCUCCGAGGCUGUUCCAGAUAAAGGGCUCCUCCUCCCGCCGGUCCCAACCUCCCCUGCGCUCUGCUGCGUCGUCGCCCUCGCUUUUUCCCCAAGCAAAGAUGGAAGUCGUCAAUCAGCUUGUAGCCGUUGGGCAGUUCCGGGUCUUCAAGGAGCCUCUGGGUUUUGUGAAGUUGCUAGAAUGGUUCUUUUCCAUCUUUGCAUUUGCAACAUGUGGCAGCUACACCGGAGAAUUUUGCCUGAGUGUCGAAUGCCCCAACAAGAAUGAGAGUGAUCUCAGUAUAGAGGUGGAGUUUGCAUAUCCCUUCCGGCUCCACCAGGUGUAUUUUGAUGCCCCGGCCUGUAAAGGGACUGAACAGGAGAAGGUUUUCUUGAUCGGAGACUAUUCCUCCUCCGCCGAAUUUUUCGUCACCAUCGCAGUCUUUGCCUUCCUGUACUCUCUAGCUGCCAUUGUCGUCUACAUCUUCAUGCAGGACAAAUACAGGGAGAACAACAAGGGCCCCAUGAUUGAUUUUGUGGUGACAGCUGUUUUCACCUUCAUGUGGUUGGUGAGCUCCUGUGCUUGGGCCAAGGGGCUUUCUGAUGUCAAGGAGGCCACUGACCCGGACAAUGUGAUUAAAAGCGUGAGCGCAUGUGGAGAAACCAAUGUGAAGUGCAGGGAGAUACGGGAGCCGAUUGCCUCUGGCCUCAACACCUCUGUGGUCUUUGGCUUCCUGAACUUGGUGCUUUGGUUGGGGAACCUGUGGUUCGUGUUCAAAGAGACAGGAUGGAGCGCUCCCUUCAUGAAGUACCCCCCUGCCCAGGAGAAACCACCAGCACCCGAGGCUUAUGGCGAUGCCUACAACCAAGCCCCGGGCUAUGGACAGCAGGAUACUUAUGGGCAGCAGGGUGGCUACCAACCUGACUACAGCCAGCAGGGCUAUGGUCAGCAGGGCGAGUUCGGCCAGCAAGGUGGCUACGUCCAAGGCGGGCCCACUUCCUUUGCAAACCAGAUGUAGGCGGGUCUCUACCCGCAGUAGGAGGAGGCGCUGCGAGGAGGAAGCCGCCAUCCUGUCCCUGCCCCCCAUGUCCCCUUGUGCAGGGGAAAGGGGGGGCGGGUGGGUGCUCGCACUGGGAGGGGGCUGGCGGGGUUCCCCUCUCCCAGGAUGAAUGUAGAUGUUCGUGCUGUUUAUAUAUAUAUAUUAUAUAUAUAUGAGAAACUACAACUAGAGAUAGAGAUCGCCCUCCUCUCCCACUGCCCCAUUGCCUCAUACACACACACAAGCACACACAACACACUGCCCUACUCCAUUCCUCAACCCACGACAGCUCCUUGACCAUACACACCACUCCUUUUAUACCCCACCACCACUCUCUGGCCCUUUCCCUCCAGGAUCCCCAAGAAAGCUAUACAAUCUCUUCUCUCCCCCCCCCCCCCCCCCCCCGCCCCUGUACCCCUUAAAUCUCAUACCUGACAGUAUGGAAGGCACUGCAUGACUCUGGCAUCACUCUUCCGACCCUGCUCCCUGCACAUGGCAAACCCACCUCCAUCUCCCCUCUGCAUGCCCCAAUGAAAGCGAGUUGGUCAUGGGGGGAGGGGGUCCGAGGUUUGUUGUCUUGAGCGUCCAAAGGCCAGGCAGUUUUCGGGCUUAAUGGGAUUGGGGAUCCAUUCUCUAUCUGGCACUUUAAGUAAAAUUCUUUGCACACAGUCGUGCGCACACACUUCUGUUCCAAGCUCAUCAACCCCAAGGGUCAAGAUAGAGGGCGGUGUCAAUCUUGGGGUGCUCUCCUUUCCUAUUGGUUCAUAUUGCAGAUGGGGGGCAGUAUGACGGGGGGGCCUAGGAAAGCUCCGUAGCAUUUGGGGUGCCAACUAUUGAUCUGAAGGGGUGUGCAUCUAUUUAUUUCUGCAGAAGGGUUUAUUCUAGUCGGGAGGGAAAAGACAAAAUGGGGGUGGGGUCGCUCCUAGUGAACCGUCUUUCGGGGGCCAGAGCCCCAUUAUUGCCCCUAAUACCAGCAUGUAUGCCAUGAUUUCCAAUCCAGCUGGGGUUCACAGUUCAGAGGUGUUCAGGUGGGGACAGAUGAGGAGACUCCUAUACCCUUUCUCCUGUGCUUUCUUUCAGCCACCCUCCGCUUUUCUUCUGUCACUUAUUCUUUCUCGCCUUUUUGUAAUUCUAAGGCUUCUCGCAUCUUUUUUUUCACCCCAUUGUCCACACCAUUUGAAUAAUAAUAAUAAUAAUAAUAAUAAUAAUAAUAAUAAUAAUAAUAAUAAAAAAACUUUAUUUAUAUCCCGCCACCAUCUCCUCGUGGGGACUCAGACUAGGGAAGGAAGAGCAUUUUGAUCCAGCCUCUUUCUCAUAAGAACUUAUCAGAUGGUUCAGAUCUAUUAUGCUCAGGAUGGACAGAAUGUAAUAACUUUAAAAAAAAUGGGAGAAAUCACAAUUGACAGUUGUACAUCCAGUCAUAUGGCUUUGAGUCUGAAUUUCUCUGGAUUCAGCAAUAUUCACAGUGCUGAUCUGAGAUCGCUACCUCUUUUGUUUUGUCCUCUACUACUGUAUAGCAGUCAGGUACAACAUUGUCUUAUGUUGGGAAUAUCCAAAUUUGCUGACAUUGAUCAACACAGACAUAUGAGAAAUUAGCUUCAGCUUUCAGUAAGACUUGUCCAAAAUUUGCCAAAAAGAAAACAAGCAAGUAUUUUUUUUUUACUUUUUAAAAAAAGGGUUAUAGCACAAACCUUCAUGAAAAUGGCCCACUGCAGUCAGAGGAUGUACACUAUUGACAGUUGGAGUUACAUUAUUGUAAUUCCUUCAUUUUUGAGAUGGGGAAAGGCUUGAAUUCUAUAAAAAUCAGACAGAAGAGAAAUUGAAUUGUCCAUCCAUGACAUAACAGGGUUUUUUAGGUUAUCCAUAGGUUGGUUCAAAUAUUCAGCAUGAUUGCAUGCAUGCUGUCCCCACAUACUCUUGCAUUUGGGAAGUCUUCAGGGGUAAUCUUCAGAGACUAGAGACAUUACUACAACUCCCAGAAUCCCCCAGCUAGCAUAGCCACCAUGCCAUUUUGUAGUUGUCAGCCAAGUAAAAGAAAAGUAAUGUCCAGGCUCUGGCAAGAACUUGAAGGAGGCACACAACCUAUUACUGUUGCACUCACAUAGGGAAUCUUAUCUAUCAUUUCUGUUUUAGUAAUGAACACUUACUUUAUUUAGGCAAUCUCUCGUAGCUCGAGGAUGAUGGCCCUCCAAGUGUAGUGUCUUUGUGGUGGAUGCAUAGGUGGCUGUGGAGACCUAUUCUUGACCCGCAUGUUCUUCCGCAGUGAAGACAUCAGUUUUCAGACAGAAGGCGGUAUCCAUCAGGGUUGGCUUGACGUGCCUUCCUCUUGGCACGUUUCUCCCUUUCGCCCUCCAUUUGUGCCUCUUCGAACUCCGCAGCACUGCUGGUCACAGCUGACCUCCAGUUAGAGUGCUCAAGGGCCAGGCCUUCCCAGUUCUCGGUGUCUAUGCCACAGUUUUUAAGGUGAGCUUUGAGCCCAUCUUUAAAUCUCUUUUCCUGUCCACCAACAUUACGUUUCCCAUUCUUGAGUUGGGAGUAUAGUAACUGCUUUGGGAGACGGUGAUCGGGCAUUCGGACAACGUGGCCAGUCCAGUGAAGUUGAUGGUGUAGUAGCAUUGCUUCAAUGCUGGUGGUCUUUGCUCCUUCCAGCACGCUGACAUUUGUCUGCCUAUCUUCCCAAGAGAUUUCCAAGAGGCUCAAUGCGGAUGCAAAAGUUAAUACAAUCAAGGCCUCCAAUGUUUUCUCAAGAUUGUAAGGCAGUUUCCUGAUCUAGACACUCCUACAUAUUGUUAAAGAAGGCCUAUAGAUAUUAUCAAGGUAGAAGAGGCGUUCUAAUGUACCAUAAACAAGAGUUAUUAACACAGAUAGGGUGGGAUAUUUUGUAUUUGGCAUCAAGCCAUGACCCUUUGCAAGAUCUUGAACAAAUAACUUUUUAAACGCAGCUUCCAGAAUCUUCCAGCCAGCAUGACAACUGAAUGAUUCUGGGAUUUAUAGUUCACAAUGUAACUUUUCCAGGUUCUACCCUCAGCUCACUUAGUUAGACACCCGCAGCAUCCGAGUUUGAUUCUUCUCUGUAAUUAUGCUGAGGACGAGAGUAACUUAGCAUCUCUUUCUCUUCUGACUCUGUCCCACUUCUCAUUCAUUUCUUGUGUUCCGUUCUUCUAUCUUUCCUCCCUCUACUUUCUUUUUUAAGUUUUUUACCCGCUACUCACCCUCUCUAUUGAGCAUCCCACUCACCCAUCCUUUUCUCUGGCCCUUCCCACAAUCCCUGCUCCUCUGCUCUCAAUCUACAAUCUGUGGCCUCCAAACAGACCUGUUUCUCAUACCAGCCAAAGCUUCCCCCCAUCUGCCCCACACUCCCUCCCCGUCUACCCCAGUGGCACUCUGACUAUAUAUUACUCAGUGUCUGUGUAUCUGAUCGUGCCGUAAUUGUGCGUUUCGGUUUGUCCGGCUCUUUGCCCCGGUCGAUAUCGUGUAAUUUUUUCUUCCAUCUUUAAAUGACAAAAAUACCAACGACAGCAGCAACAGCAAAAUGACAGGAAAAAAUAUGCAUUACUCCCCCCCAAGUCUGCCCCCCUCACCCCAAAGGUAUAGAGAAAAAAAUGGAUAAAAACCAAAUAAAAAGAGAAAGAAAAUGUAUUUCAAAAACAAA